AAGUCGGAGUCAGCGCACAAACUUUACGCACACAAGUUUCCUUCUGCAGAGCAGCGCUGCAGGUCAGAGACGCAAGGCUAAAACUCUUUUUCCUCUGGAAUAACAUUUAGCCUGAAGAGACGCUUACUUUGAAGAACUGACUUAAAAUAUUAUUUUUUUGUACUUUUUUUUAGUGCAAAAUGAAUAUUCAGAGGGCAACGUUGGCUUUAUGUUGGCUGAUUCUAUGCAUGGACACCUGUCUGAGCCAGAAAGACUGCACAGGUGUGGACUGUCCCGUUCUGCAGACCUGCAUCGAGACGGUUUUAGAGAAGGGCGCCUGCUGUCCCACCUGUACACAAAGGGGCUGCACCUGUGAAGGUUACCAGUACUACGACUGCACUCAAGCAGGCUUCCGGAAAGGGAAAGUCCCAGAGGGGGAAUCUUACUUUGUGGAUUUUGGAAGCACUGAAUGCUCCUGUCCCCAGGGAGGAGGGAAGAUAAGCUGUCAUUUUAUCCCGUGCCAUGAAAUCCCCGCCAACUGCAUUGACAUUUUACAACCUCAAGAUGGAUGUCCGCAAUGUGGGAAGAUUGGCUGUACCCAUGACAACAAGAAGUACGAGGCGGGACACUCCUUUCAUAUUGACCGGUGUCAGGUGUGCCACUGUCCUAAUAACGGUGGAAGGGUAAUGUGUUCACCUAUCCCCGGGUGUGACCUUCGUGGUUCUAAUAAGCCCAUGUGGGUCACCACCACUGAGAACAACGACCCUUUGAGAGACGUUAGCAGCCGCCAUGACGGCCGACAAACGAGUCCUGUGGAACCAUUUUCCAAGCUGGCACUGGGAAACACUUUACCGCUGUAUAAGCAGGACCCACCCGGUUUUGGCACGGGGGAUUAUGACUACGCGCUGGCAGGGCCGACGUCUUCCACUAUCCAAGAUCUGGCCCGACCACUGGAAUCUACUACGGCACCACCGGCUUACCCAGAGUCAAGCUCCACUUACUUCAGCUCCCAUGAUGACAGAAGACAGGAGCUGAGGGAGACACAAAGAGGCUAUGAUGCAGAGAGGAGCAGUGAGGUCACGUAUAGCAUGGACGCAACGACUACAGAGGCUGAGAGUGAAACAACAACAAUCACACGGAGAGUGACCACAGAGGACCACAGGACGCCACAGGAAAUCAGUGACAGGACCAUUAGACAUAACAGUGGCAGAAACAGAGUGGUACCGGAUGCUUUAAAAGAAACAGCGCACACCGCCAGAGGAAACAAGGGGGCCAGGCACUCUGGCCAUCACAAACACAGUCAAGGCAGUCGCACGGGGAGUCAUGGCGGCCGCAAGGAACAAGAAAAAGUAUCAUUGGAGCCUAGGCAGCCGCUCGGCAGAGAGGAGCAGACCUCAUAUCCCACAAUACAGUUCAGCCCCACCAGCAGAGCUCCAGUCAGGAUGAGGGAGGAUGGAGAGCAGCCUCAGAGACAACCCCAAACCCUCCACAACUACCAGCUUCAGGAUGUGGAAGGAGACACCGAAGUUUCUGCCAAGGAGCUGGUGAAGACCUGCUGCGAGACAGGGGAGAAAUGGGCUUCAGCUAAUGGUCACUGCAACAACAUGGAGCUACCCACAAAAGAUAGGAACUCCAUCUGCUGGACUGCCCAACAACAGUGCUGCCUUGGUUCCCGGGGAGAAAGUCGGUGUUUGGCUGGAAUGAAUGCAGCCAGAGCAGGAGAUAUGUGUCAAGAGGACGCCAGCAAUAAAUGUGGGAUCGAUUCCUACAAGGAGUGCUGUGACUGCUGCUUUCUGGGGCUGCAGCUCCGCCGCGCGGGGCAUCGCUGUGAAGCCCAUCAGUACCUGGGAUUCCACUGCACACACGUCUUCCUGACCUGCUGCGAGGGAGAGGAGAGCAGCGCUGGGAAUCAAGACGGCUGGCACUCUGUCAGAGAGAGGCCCGCUCUCGGCUCCACUCCACAACCAAAGAAAGUGUCUGACAGCCCGUACCCUAAGGAGGCGUUCUCCAUUGGUGAGGAGCAGGAUGGCGAGAACGCAGUGGAGGGUCCUGUUGAGGUGGAGGACAUAGAUGAGUGCCUGAUGUAUGAGGGCAACAUCUGCCACCACAGAUGUGUCAACACGCCGGGCUCUUACCGGUGCGAGUGCUUCCCCGGAUACGUGCUGCAGGAGAACGCUUUCACUUGUGCACAAGAGACGGUGGACGAGGAGAACAGACUGCAGGAGGAUGACAGACCGGCGGUGGAGCCCACUUUGCCGCUUCCACCCCCCACCCAGCCCGUCAUCCCACCCAACCCCUGUGAAGGAAACGGCCCAUGUGAGCAACAGUGCACCUCAGUGGGCGGAAGGCCACGAUGCUCCUGUUUCACAGGAUUCUCUCUUGUGGCUGAUGGACGCUCCUGUGAGGACAUAAACGAGUGUUUGUCCGCGAGUGCCUGCCAGCUCAAUGAACGCUGCGUGAAUUCUGCGGGGAGUUAUGUCUGCCAGAGACCGAUCACCUGUCCCCCGGGAUACCAGAUCAACAACGACAUCUGUGAAGAUGUUGAUGAGUGUGUGCAGCGGAGCCACAACUGUGGGCUCGGCUUCGAGUGUGUGAAUGUCGAGGGCUCGUUCAGGUGCAACCCCAAACCCAGAUGUCCUGCAGGCUUUAACCAGGGUGCACAGGGCAACUGUGUAGACAUUGAUGAGUGUGGCGCUUCGGCCCAGCCGUGCAGCCCGGGAUUCAACUGCAUCAACACAGUGGGAUCCUACGUUUGCCACCAGAGGAAGCUCAUAUGUAGCCGUGGCUAUCACGCUAGUCCUGAUGGAUCCAGAUGUAUCGAUGUGGACGAGUGUCAGAGCAGCCUGCAUCGAUGUGGAGAGGGCCAGCUGUGCCACAAUCUGCCUGGUUCCUAUCGUUGUGAAUGCCAGACAGGCUAUCAGUAUGACUCAUUCAGGAGGAUGUGUGUCGAUGUAAAUGAGUGCUGGCGCUACCCAGGCCGCCUGUGUGCCCAGACCUGCGAGAACACCCCGGGCUCCUAUGAAUGCUCGUGUACCUCUGGCUUCCGCUUAUCCGGCGAUGGCAAGAACUGUGAAGAUGUGAAUGAGUGCUUGGCCAGCCCAUGCAGUCAGGAGUGUGCCAACAUCUACGGUUCCUACCAGUGCUACUGCAGAAAGGGCUACUACCUCAGGGAGGACGGGCACACCUGUGAAGACAUCGACGAGUGCUCCCAGAGCAUUGGCCAUCUAUGCACCUAUAAGUGCGUGAAUGUUCCCGGCAGUUACCAGUGUGCUUGUCCUGAGUAUGGAUACAGCAUGUCUCCAAAUGGACGCACUUGCAGAGAUAUCGAUGAAUGCACCACGGGGGCCCAUAACUGCUCUCUGGCUGAGACCUGCUACAACAUCCAAGGAGGGUACCGAUGCCUUUCUCUCAACUGUCCACCAAACUACCGCAAAGUGUCCGACACGCGCUGUGAGCGGAUCAGCUGUCCCAACUACCUGGAGUGUCAAAACUCCCCUCUGAGAAUCACCUACUAUUACCUCAGCUUCCAGUCCAACAUCGUCAUCCCAGCUCAGAUCUUCCGCAUCGGACCCUCCCCCGCCUACUCGGGAGACAACGUCAUCGUCAGCAUCACGCAGGGGAACGAGGAAAACUACUUCAGCACCAGGAAGCUGAACGCCUACACGGGCGCUGUGUACUUAAAUCGACAGGUCGAGCGUCCGAGGGAUUUCUCGAUCAAUGUGGAGAUGAAGCUUUGGAGACAGGGGACGUUCACCACGUUCCAGGCCAAGAUCUUCGUCUUCAUCACAGCCAAUUCACUCUAACAGUUAGAGCUGUGCUCUGGCCACUGUGGACCUUUUCAUAUCACUGUUUAACAAUGUCAUAAAGUAUACCACUGUCUGUCACGAUUGGUUUGAGUAGCUACUCCUUCGUCCAGUUGAAGUUAAUAUUAAAACGUUGCUGUGAGAGUAGGCCUAAUGAUGGAAUAUUCAGAAAGAAACUGCUUUGCGUCAGCGUCUGUUUUCACUGCAAUUGCAUGAUGUCAAAUAAUAUAUAUUUUUUAAUUUCUCACUUGAAUUGCCAUUGUUCAUGUCAUUAAUUUCCACAGCUCAAGAGACCAAUGCAAAACACAUUCCAUAUUAAAGAAAACAUUCAAAUCUGAAUCCGAAGUAAUAACAUUGGAGAUACAAGAUAUUUAUUAUACCGAAUGAAACAAUUUGCCAUUGUUUUGAUUAUCUUAACCAGAUGUGAGUAAAGCAUUAAAGUGAUAACUAGCUUCUAGCUUCAGCCCAGCUCUUUUUUUUUUUCAUACUGAGUAACUUGUAUCCCAGUUUUCAGCUCAUAUCAUCCAGUUAUCAGAUGAUGAUGUGUAGUUUGAUAACCCUGUGGUGAAAGCAGAAGAAAUUGUUUUGUAAGAGUUUCCAUGUCUCUUUUCUUUUACCCUGCGCUGCUGUUUUUGUUUUGUAUUUUAUAUUAUAUUACUCUAUAUGGUGUAUUUUUGUAUCCCUGUAAUCAGACACAUUAUAGAUGGAUGUAUCAUAUUUUUAUGCUAGAUUUAUGAGUUGCAAAGUAUUUUAUUAAAACAUAAAAAAAACAUCAA